GUAUAACCUUCAAUAACGCCGACAUACGUCUUGUAGAAUUCACUGAAAAGUGUCCCACAAAUGAAGCUGAAUAUCUAAAGAUCGAAUUGUUAAGUGAAGAUGAAUAUGGUGAUGUAAGGGCAUUUGGUAAAAGAAAAAGAAAUAAUGAUGUUAUUGAAACAAUUGAACCGUUGGGAAAAAGAGAAAGAGUUGAAGAGCCAAGACAAGGAAACAAAGGCUUAAAGUCACAAGAAAAUGAUCGUAAGUGGUGUAUUGCAAGACGAUAA